AUGAAGUGCCUGAACAACCGGGCCGAGAGCCACCUGACGGGGCAGGGGGACUGCGAGCUGGACGCCGUGGGGAGCGGGGCCUGGGUGAACCAGGGCUUCUGCGGCUCCCCUCUGCCCAUACCCCGAGUCGUCAGCACCAUCUACAACUCCCAGCCCCUCUUCGCCGGCUCCAUGGACAGCAUGUACAAACUGGACACUCCGGGUCCGUUUGCUCAGGAGCCGCCCUCCGUCGACCAGAGUCUGAUCAAGAAACGAAGCGGAUGCUGCUCUUUCAUUAAAGGGCUGUGGGGCACGACAUUGACCCAAAACACGUCCGACAACAGGGAGCAGUUUGUUCGAACCACUCUGCGGGAGCUGCUGGUCUACCUGGUGUUCCUAGUGGACAUUUGCCUCCUGACAUACGGUAUGACCAGCUCAAGCACCUACUAUUACACCAAGGCCAUGACGGACCUGUUUGUGAACACAGCCAGUGAGAGCGGGGUUAAAUUUCAGUCCAUUGGCAGCAUGGCCGACUUCUGGACCUAUGCUGAGGGACCAUUACUGGACGGCCUCUACUGGACAAAAUGGUACAACAACCAGAGCCUGGACAACGGCGACCAGUCUUUCAUCUACUAUGAGAACAUGCUGCUGGGCGUGCCGAGGAUGAGGCAGAUCAAGAUCAAGAACAACUCCUGCAAGGUCCACACCGACUUCCAAGAUGAGAUCACAAGCUGUUUUGAUGUUUACAACCAGAAGAAGGAGGAGGACCUCAGCUUUGGCCUCAUCAACGGAACUGCUUGGAGCUACCACACGGAAAAAGAAAUCAAGGGUUCGUCUCACUGGGGUCUGCUGACCACCUACAGUGGAGCGGGAUACUAUCAGGACCUGGGUCGGACCAGAGAGGAGACCGGCGCCAUCCUGAUGGAACUGGUGGACAACCUUUGGCUGGAUCGGGGAACUCGGGCAUCCUUCAUCGACUUCUCCACUUACAACGCAAACAUCAACAUGUUCUGUGUGAUCAGGUUGGUUGUAGAAUUUCCAGCAACUGGCGGAGCGAUCCCUUCCUAUCAGAUCAGGACAGUGAAGCUGAUUCGCUACAUCACCGUCUGGGAUUACUUCAUCCUCGGCUGCGAAAUAGUCUUCUGCAUAUUCAUCCUCUACUAUAUUGUAGAAGAAAUCCUUGAGCUGCGGAUACACAAGUUUUCUUACUUCAACAGCAUCUGGAACAUCCUGGAUAUUGUGGUCAUAAUGCUCGCAGUUGUGGCCAUUGUUUUCAAUAUUUUCCGAACCAUCAAAGUCGACAAAUUACUUGCCAAACUCUUAGACCAACCGGGCAUCUAUGCCGAUUUUGAAUUUCUGGCAUUCUGGCAAACACAGUACAACAACAUGAACGCCGUGAACUUGUUCUUCGCCUGGAUUAAGAUCUUCAAGUACAUCAGUUUCAAUAAGACCAUGACUCAGCUGUCCUCCACUCUGGGUCGAUGUGCCAAAGACAUCCUGGGAUUCGCCAUCAUGUUCUUCAUUGUGUUCUUUGCUUACGCUCAGCUUGGAUAUUUGCUCUUUGGAACAGAGGUUGAAUCAUUCAGCACCUUCAUGAAGUGCAUCUUCACACAGUUCAGGAUUAUUCUCGGAGACUUCGAUUACGACGCCAUCGACCGCGCCAACAGAGUUCUCGGGCCGAUGUACUUUCUCACCUACGUGUUCUUUGUUUUCUUCGUUCUCCUGAACAUGUUUCUCGCCAUCAUUAAUGACACAUAUUCGGAGGUUAAAGAGGAGCUUUCAUCCCAAAAAGACGAUCUGCAAAUUACUGAUAUCAUCAAACAGAGCUACAUGAAGACAUUUAUGAAGCUGAAGCUCAAAAAAGAGAAAAUAUCAGAUGUUCAGAAGGCUCUCCGGUCUGGAUCCGGAGAGAUUGAAUUCAAAGACUUCAGGGAAACUCUUAAAGAGCUGGGACAUGCUGAUCAUGAGAUUUCUGCAGCCUUCUCAAAGUUCGACCGAGACGGGAACCAAGUUCUGGACGAAGAAGAGCAAGAGAGGAUGAAGAUCGAGUUGGAAGAAAAGAGGGAUGCUCUGAGCGCUGAACUCAACAAUCUUGGCAUGAAUUAUGGGAAGGAAUUACUCGAGAAACCUUCUGUCACAUCCAGCGAGCAAAGGAGCCAAUCCAGUCAAAUCUUCGUGGAUCGAGAACAGUUCCUGAAACUGGCCAGACAGGUGCUCCACCUGGAAAGCUCUGUGGAAGGCAUCGCAUCCAGGAUGGAGCUGAUCAUGGACAAAGUGGGACUGCAGGAGAAAAAGAGUGAAGCCGCGGGGAAACAUCCCGGGACCAGCAGUGCUACUGAUGACCCUGCUGCUGACGGCCGCGUCCUGUUCCGUGUGGCGGACAGAGAGACCAAGCUGGACGUCCCCUCCUGGAGGCCGGCCGUGCGCCCCGGCAACAUGUGAUCCUCCUCCAGCCGACACACACACACACACACACACACACACACACACAUACACAUACUCACCAACUUCCCAGUUUCUUUCAGGUUGAAAACACAGAUAAGCUGCUGACAGUAUGACGUUAAACCGAAACGUGUAAAUUCCAGGUGAACGUUUCUGAAGCGCUUCGCUUGCUCAUUAGGCUGCAGCACAUGUAACCCGAGGCUCCGAUAUGUAGACACUACAGUGUUGUAGGGGAAACCAAAUGUAAAUCUAUGCAUCAUUAGUGCUGUGCAGUAUAUUCUAAACAGUGGAUUAGUUCAAAUAAUGCAAGUGUAAGCAAUGCAUGAGGCGCCCGACACCUGCUGGCUUUGCUUUGUUGAUGUCCAAGUGCUCUUAUAGCUCAGAGGAAACCUGUGAUAGUUUGUACCAGUGAAAAUUAAAUAUUUAUCACACCUGAGCUCCCGAAACUAGUGAUGUAUGGAUCGAUUAUAUAAAAAGUGAAACUGAUAAAUAAUCUUGUGUAUUUAAAGUUGGUUUUCACCCAGGUUACUUAAAUGUUUUGUGAAGGACGCUUUUAAUCGAGUGUCAUAGCAGCGCACAAUAACCUUUAACUAUAGUAAAGUACAUCCUCACUGAUCAGUUGUGCUUUCAGUAUUGUGAGACUUCUGCCUUAAUCUGAUUUGUUCUCAACAUGAAUAAUUCACACCAGCAUUUUUUUUAAUAUGUUCCCUCCAUUUCUUUGUUGUGUAUAAAAAUUCAGGUUUUGGGAUAACAUUCAGUACAAACCACCUCAGUUUAAUCUCCGUUAAAUGUCUCAUGCUGUGUC